UUAAUUGACUGUGUUACGCUUUGUGAAGUGGCUAUGAGAUAUAGGCUACAUACACUUAUAAAUAGCCUACACUUAUUUACAAUAAGUGACAGUUGCGCACUGCUCUUGGCGGAGCGCAACCGGAGAUCUACAACACAGACUGCGUGCAUCAGAAGAGUUGGUUAAAACACAUGUAUUUCAUGUCUCCGCAGCAACAGUUCUGAAAUGGACAAAAUGACUCUGAACUACUCUGCUGUAAAUCUCACUCUGGACAACUGCACGUUCUUGCCAUAUUACAUCCACUCGACAGGGAUGGCAGUCAGCUACAUUCUGUCUUACCUGCUGGUGCUGCUGCUGUGUGUCGUGGGCAAUGGACUCGUCUGCUUAGUGGUCAUCAGGAACCGCAACAUGCGUUCAGUCACUAACCUCUUCAUACUCAACCUGGCCAUCAGUGACCUGUUGGUGGGCGUGUUCUGUGUGCCCACAACACUGAUUGACAGCCUCAUCUCAGGUUGGCCCUUUAGCCAGAUCACGUGCACGAUGAGUAACCUGGUCCAGGGCAUGUCAGUGUCUGCUUCUGUCUUCACGCUGGUUGCCAUAGCAGUAGACAGGUUUACUGGCAUUGUUUACCCAUUCCGUCAUCGUCUUAGGCCUGUCACUGCGCUCUUUGCCAUCGUCUUCAUUUGGCUGUUCGCAUUUGCGAUCAUCUUCCCUUCAGCUGCAACACUGACUGUCACACACCUGGAGGACAUCUACAUGGUCCAGGAUAACCAGCUCUAUCCACUUUUCGUGUGUUUCGAGGACUGGCCCAAAGCAGACAUGCGGCGAGUCUACACCACCAUCAUCUUCGUCCAUGUGUACCUGGCCCCGUUGGGUCUCAUAAGCAUCAUGUAUGGGUGCAUUGCCUCUAAACUCUCCAACAACCUACGUGAGAACCGGGUUCAUUCCAGAAGAAAGGUGAAGGUCAUCAAGAUGCUCAUUAUGGUCGCCACUCUCUUCAUGAUAUCUUGGCUCCCACUCUGGACGUUGAUGCUUCUUACUGACUAUCAGGAUCUGGACAGGCAACAGAUUGACUUCUUGAGCAGCUAUCUUUUCCCUGUCGCUCACUGGCUGGCUUUUUUCAACAGUGGCGUCAAUCCAAUCAUCUACGGCUUCUUUAACGAGAACUUCCGCAGGGGCUUCCAGGCAGCUAUGGCCUGCAGUUCGUGCAACAGAGUCGUGUCAGAGAUGCGUCACACGCAUUUUGUACUUCCGCCAUCUAACAAAGUAUCCGAUGAGAACAGAGGUGUGACCAGCGGGCGGAAAGAGCGCUGUAUUUCUGUAAUGCCCCGAGCUCAUGGUACUCAAGGAAUUCUGCUUAAGGAUGUGAAUGGAAUUGCAGACUCCCAUAGAGUGCUUGGAGCCUGGAUGGAGUGAAUGAGUUCUAAUAUCCCUGGAAAGAUCUAUCCGCUAGCAUUCCCAUUCAUCUCAAUGGCAGUUGCUUGGCUGGCCCAUGUAGCAUUGGAAAUAGGAGAUCUGGAUGCUGUCAUCUUUGCAUCAUGGGCACUCAGUUUUGAAAUCAAAGUUAUGGAAAGCUGGAAUGUUAUAUGUUAUUGAUCAUUCUAUGUUAGAACUCAAUUUCAUGCCAUUCAGAGCACUCAAAAGUGGGUCACUAUUUGUCAGAAUACACUGUUUUGGCACUCAUAAUGAUGUAGUUAUUCCAUCUACCAACAGGGUCUAACAGCUAAAGCUAACCAGCCAAAUCUUUACCCCUUGGUUAAAAUAACACAAGAACAUCUGCGGGCUUGGACAGCAUGAAGGCUACAACCUUAAUGUUUGGAAUGUUGUUGAAGUGGGGAUCAAAACAACAGCUGUGAUUCCUACUUUGGUUUCUCUCUUAAUAAAAUUGUGUUUCUCCCAAUUUGAAUGGUCUCAUUUGGAGGAUUUGCCACUGGGCACAGGUUUUUCUUAUUUAUGUACACUUUGGGACAUUGCAGCCAUGGAGGAUUAUGUAAAAUCCACACAGCCUAAAACUGUUCAUGCAAAUAAACCCCAGUGGUGUGCUGAGUGACAUUUCAAGAGGUGUUUCUCUGUACCAGCCUGAAGGGUCCAUCUGAAGUGUCACUCAAAGACCCCAAUGACAGAUACACAGAACAAAAUAUACUACACAUGUUUGGGAAGGUAUUUGUCCAAUCAUGAUUUAGGCUGAUGACGGCAUUUGAAUGAAUCCAAAGAAUUUGAACCAAAAUAUGGUCGAUUUUGUGUGGAUGCACAGACUUUGACGUCAAUGACAAAAAACAGUAUAUAUGGCCCGAUGCAAUUUAUUAUUUGCGUUUAGUAUUGUUUUUCCCUACUGUAUGGAGAACCACUGAUGUAGAAAAUUCCCAAUGUUUGUGUGUUGUAAAUAUAAUACUCUCAGGUUCAUCAGAAUUUGAGUGCCUUGAAGUACAGUAUGUAGUGAUUGUAUAUUUGUAACAAACAUGUAUUUAGGAAACCUUUUCCUUAGUUUUACCUUUUACUGUAAUUUUAUGACUUUAUUUUACUACUGUUAGAAUAUUGAGACUACUCAGUGGAUUUUAAAAGCUUUUUGGCUUUCUUAAGCAGGACUGCUGAGGAAUUCAACCCAGUUUUCAUUUAAAUGUUCAAUUGUUUCUUUCUAUUUUGUCAGUAAUUAUCUCUAUACAUUAUAUACAUUUUAGAAUGAUUUUUUUUUAAUCUGUUUUUAUUUUUUAUUUUAUGUGUUUCAGAAUUACUUUGUGCUUUUCCAUCUUGUAAAUGUGUAAAUUGUUAAGAAGCCAAAGGAAACCGAAGAACAGCAAACCUGCACAUCUAUGUAUAUGUGUGGAUUUGUGGCAGGUAUUUUGUGCCCAUUCCUCUAAAUGUCAUACUGAAAGUAGAGGCACAGAUAAAAACAACUAAAGGCUACAUAAAAUAUUUUUAAGGUUGUUAUUUCAUGCAUGGUAAGACCAAGCUGUUGAUGUAAUAUGAAUUAUAAUCCGUGUUAAUCCAGCCUUGCUGACCUUUUUAUGCUUUACUUCAAAAAGUGUUAAUUCCUUGGAAAUUGUCAAAUGUUGUGUUUUUGGUGUUAUGUUUACGUUAUGUUAAGUAAUACGUGUUCAUGGAAUCAUAACUCAGGAGUAACAUAACCUGACAGUAAUUGAAUGUUUGAAACAUGUUAUGGAUGUUUACAUGUUUAACAUACCCAAUAUGUGUUUAGAUAAAAAAGCAACAUUUUUAAAACAGUAAAUGUAAAAAUUAUGUUUUUGUUUUGUCAAAAAAAAGCAUGACUAUAUAUAUGUCCGUCCGUCCGUCCCAUCUAUAAUUUUUUUUUUGUCUUACACAUUUUAAUGGGAUGGUACUGCCUAAUGGUUCAGAUAUUGGGCUACUAAUACUCAGGUUUUGUGUUCAGUCUCGGGUGAGGUGUUCAAAGAAUAGGAGGAACCCUUAGCCUGUUCUAAAACUAACCAUUGUUCUGCUAUCCACCCAGACUGCUUUAUGGGGAUACUGUCAUAUGUGUAGUGGACAUGUUGUCUUUAAUAAAAAGCU